AUGCCCAUCCUCCAACCCGACCCCGAAGACCCCCGGCCAUCGCGUUCCUGCUGCUGCGGCGGCCUUUCGCUCGCGGAGCUCAGCCGCCCGGUCGAGGUCAACGACUCAUCUAUCAGUAACGUAUUCUGGAGCUGGCCAAUCCUCGGCCCGCUGCUCGUCGAGAACGAGAGCAGCGACACGCGUGAUCAUUGCGCCAAUGAGCGAACUUUCUUAUCCUACCUACGGCUCUCCGUCUACAUGGCCAUUGUCGCCAUCGCCAUCGUGCUGUCCUUCCACCUUAAAUCGCAGCCCUCAGACCUUGAGCUGCGCAUGGCCCAGCCGCUCGGCAUCGUUUUCUGGCUGCUAUCUCUGGCUUGCUUGAUUCUCGGGCUCGGAAAUUAUAUUAAGACUCUGGAUAAGUAUAGUAGGAAAGUGGCUAUAGUCCAGACAGGCUGGAGGACGCAAUCUAUCAUGACACUUAUCGCAUUGUCCAUCGUGGGCACUUGUGUUAUACUGUUGGUAAUCACUAAAGCACAGGCAGAAGAAUAA